AUGACGGGAACACGUUUGCAAUUUUCUACUGCAUACCACCCCCAAACUGAUGGCCAAAUUGAGGUGGUUAAUUGUAGCCUUGGAAACCUUUUACGAUGCUUAGUGGGUGAACAUGUGAAAACUUGGGAUAUGAUUCUACCCAUAGUUGAGUUCGCCUACAACAGUUCAGUCAAUAGAUCUACAGGUCUGAGUCCAUUUGAAAUUGUUAGUGGGUACAAACCUCGGAUGCCUAUAGACUUGUUAGCUGCUACCCAUCCCACUCCACCCCUUCCACCAUCAAUUGACCAUAAGGAAGAGAUUGAAGGGAUAGUGGAUGAGGAGAUUGUUUCCACACGAGAUGGGGGCUUCCAAAGGUUUUAUGUAGCAGAGGUUCUCCUUGCUCUGGAGUACCUACACAUGCUCAGAAUUGUCUACCAUAACCUGAAGCCCAAAAAUGUCAUUGUCCGAGAAGAUGGCCACAUUAUGCUGUCCAACUUUGACCUCUCUCUCCGCUGUGCUGUCAGCCCCACACUUGUCAAAUCUUUGUCCAUUGAUUCUGAUCCCUUGAGAAAGAACCCCGUCUACUGUGUUCAGCAUGCGUGCAUCAAACCCCCCUGUAUCCAGCCAUCAUGUGUGGCAGCCCCCACUUGCUCUGGCCCCCUCUUCUUUUCUAGCAAGUCCAAGAAGGACCGGAAACCGAAAAAUGAAAUAGGAAACCAAGUAAGCCUAUUGCCUGAGCUCAUCGCUGAGACAACUGGGGCCUGGUCCAUGUCAUUUGUAGGGACACACGAGUACCUAGCGCCCGGAAUCAUCAAAGGUGAAGGCCAUGGGAGUGCUGUAGAUUGGUGGACAUGCGGGAUCUUUCUGUACGAGCUCCCGUUUGGCAAGACCCUGUUCAAGGGGUCAGCUAACCGGGCUCCACUGUUCAAUACUGUGUGCCAGCCACUCCGCUUCCCAGAGUUGCCGAUUGUCUGCUGCAUCAGCUGGCAUAUAAGCGUGGAGCUAUGGAGAUAA